GAAAACAUCAGUUUCUCCUGUAAAUUGUAAACAUGAAGGCUUUCAUCGUUUUGGUUGCUCUGGCUUUGGCCUCUUCCGCUUUCGGUCGCAACAUGGACCGUUGCUCCUUGGCUCGCGAGAUGUCCAACUUGGGUGUUCCCCGGGAUCAGUUGGCUCGCUGGACUUGCAUUGCUGACCAGAAGAGCAACUACCGCACUGGCGCAGUUGGCCCUAAGAACUCCGACGGCUCCCAAGACUAUGGAAUCUUCCAGAUCAGCAGCUUGUUUUGGUGCCAGCCUGCCAACGGUCGCUUCUCCCACAAUGAGUGCUCCAUCAACUGCAAAGAUCUGGUGACCGAUGACAUCACCAACUCUGUCCGUUGUGCUCAGAAGAUCCUUGGCAAACAAGGCUGGUCUGCCUGGGCAGGCUGCGAUGGCUCUCUGCCUUCCAUUGACAGCUGCUUCUAAGCUGUUGCCCAUUUCUGAUAAUAAAUGAGAAAUCUUAA